GGCCCGCGGCAUCCAGAGCUGCGCAGAGAGAGAGAGAGAGAGAGAGAGAGAGGCUGACUCGGGUUUCAGAGAGACGCGCACUGACGGCUGGCCCUGCGGCACACUGCGGGAUCGCUCAGAGGAGAAGCAGCGAAUGGGACAGACGGAGCGGAACGCAAGAGGAAUAAGAGUCCGUCCCUGUGAACCAACAACAUCACUGACUGACUGCUCACAACCUGCACAAUGACUCGCAUUCUAAAUGAGAUGCAGUUGCUCAUCUGAGUGCAACAAAGUUGUAGUUUGGAGACAGUUUGAAGAAGAAAAUAGACAUCUGUUAAACUUUUAUCCCCCCCCCACUCCCAACAGCCUGACACACGCUCCAGCGUCGCAGGUUCCCAGGUUGUCAGGAUCCCUCUUCUUCUCUUCACCUGAUGCGUAUAGGGAUUUCCGUGUGGAUAAAAACCAGAGUUACGCGUCUAAAAUGGAUGAGAAUCAGAAGUGGGGAGUCGCUGGUAAACCGGGUGACACAGCGGCUUCCAAGCAGCCGCUGUGGAGGAACUGGAGGGAUAUGUCUGCAGUAACGAUUUGCGUUGCACUGUCUGUUCUGUGCCUGGGAGUUUGCAGCGUGGUUUGCGUGCGGAGCUCGGAGCUGCAGAGCCGGAUAGUAAGUCUGGAGCAGCAGCAGCGGGGCGCGUGGAUGUUGUCUCUGGAGCAGGUGGAGCCCGUUAUCCUGGGCCGGCUGGACCAGAUCCUGGACGAGAAGCUUGCAGCGCGACUACCCAAGACCCGAGAGGCGAGGGAGGCUCCCCACAGCUGCCUGUGCCCCCCAGGACCUCCAGGUCCUCCUGGACGGGCAGGCUUUCCGGGUGACAAAGGAAGUAUGGGGAUUCCUGGGAGAAUGGGCAUAAAAGGACAAGCAGGGGAGAAGGGAGCACCAGGCGAGCCAGGUCUUUCUAUCAUUGGACCAAGAGGACCUCCUGGACAACCUGGAACAAGAGGAUUCCCAGGCUUCCCAGGUCCAAUUGGCUUGGAUGGCAAAUCUGGACAGAGCGGACCGAAGGGAGACAUGGGGCAGCGUGGUGCUAAAGGAAUCCCAGGGGAACCUGGACCCAAAGGGGAAAAGGGCGUAUGUGGAGACUACACACACCGGGGCCUCUUUGUGCAGGAUCUUCCUCUGAAAACCCUGGCUGCCUUGCGCUCCAGUCAGGCUCUGAUGUUGAAGAUGUUGCCCAUCACCGUGCGCAACAUGCCCUCAAUAAGCCCUCUAAUCCUAAAACGCCUCAAGCAGGGCGAGCCUGGAGCGCAGGGACCCCCGGGACCUCCAGGACCCCCAGGACUCCCAGGGACCCCAGGCCUAAAUGGAGCCACUGGCCCAAUGGGUAAGCCUGGUGAACCAGGCAAACCAGGAAAAGACCCAAGGCUUUUACCAGGCAUGAAGGGUGAGCCAGGUGUGCCAGGAGAAAAGGGGGAUCGAGGUGAUAUUGGCCCUCUAGGUCCUGAAGGCUCAAAGGGAGAUAUGGGAGACCAAGGAAUUAAGGGAGAUGAAGGAAAGAGGGGUUUCCCAGGAGAGAGGGGAGAGAAGGGAGAACCAGGUUUCACGGGCGCUCCUGGGUUAAAGGGCCAGGCUGGCAUCCCUGGUAUCCCUGGCAUCCCUGGCAAGAGGGGCUACAGGGGUGAGAAAGGAGAUCCGAGCAUUGCAGCCCAGGGAAUUAAAGGAGAACCAGGUUCACCAGGACUUCCAGGCCUAAUGGGACCCAAGGGUGACACAGGCGACAAGGGAGAGAAGGGGGAAGCAGGCCUUGAGGGCCCAGCUGGACCAAGAGGUCCUGCAGGCCCAACUGGGGAGCCAGGAAAGGCUGAAAUCCAAAACAAUGAAAAUGAUAUUCGCAACAUACCCAUGAUGGGCCCACCUGGAUUACCUGGACCUCCAGGGACCCCGGGACUCCCUGGUACCAAGGGUGAAGUUGGUCUGCCAGGUGCUCCAGGGCUGGACGGAGAGAAGGGACCCAGGGGAAAGCCUGGAGAGCCUGGUCCUGUAGGCCCAGCCGGUCCUGAAGGCCCCAGAGGGGAAAGUGGUGUCAUGGGCUUUGCGGGACCCAAAGGAGACAAGGGAGACAUGGGUCCAUCUGGAUCACCUGGUUUAGAUGGCCCUACUGGUGAAAAGGGGGCUUCAGGGGCCCCUGGCCCUAUUGGAUUACCUGGCUCAAUGGGCCUAAAAGGUGCACCUGGAGAUGGUGGAAGGUCAGAAAUGAUCUAUGGGCCUCCAGGGCCCCCAGGACCUCCAGGACCAGUUGGCCCAGCAGGAGCUCAAGGAUUUUCAGGGCCUAAGGGAGAACCAGGCAUAGGCAUUAGAGGAGAAAAGGGAGCGACGGGUCAGAAGGGCGACAAGGGAGACAGAGGCCAUCUUGGACUUCCUGGGGCUCAUGGGUUAGACGGCAGACCGGGUCCAGUGGGUCUAAUCGGACCAUCAGGUGUGUCAGGGCCAGCAGGACCAAAGGGAGAGAGAGGUGAAAAGGGAGAUGCAGGAUUACCAGGACCAAUCGGGCCUCAAGGCAUCCCUGGUUUAGUAGGACCACAAGGACUCAAAGGAAACCGGGGAGAGAGGGGCAAGAAAGGCAACAGGGGGGCCAAAGGGGAUAAGGGAGACCAAGGAGCACCUGGAUUAGAUGCCCCCUGUCCGUUGGGAGACGAUGGCUUACCUGUACCAGGAUGUUGGAAUAAAGGUCAACAUCCUUUCCAACUGGCUAAGAAGUAGGACUACUAGAGACUGUCUCCAUGACGCCACAGAAAGCAGAAAGGGAACUUGAAGACGUUAGGAGAUAUCUUUGAGUUUUUACCCAAACCUGGAGUUGGCAUUUCAACGUUUUUUCCAGGAGGUCGGACACAGGGCCAGUAAUGUCCGAGGCUCCGGUGGCAGUGGUGAGCACAUUCACUUCAAUAAGACUGGGGAGUAGAGGCGUUGCACCAUCCUUAAGUUAUUUAUUGAAGGCUCUGUGGACAGGACAGCCAUCGCAGCCACAGGGAGAUACUGUACCUACCCAUGUGUUUCUUUGACUGCAUUCACUUUGAUCUAUUUAACUCCCGGUGAAAGCGAGGCAUGGACACUUUAGCACAUGCUUUUUGUUGUGUUUGACGUGACAUCGAUACUGUAACUGUGAUAAAGAAUUCAGAGCAGCUCACAGAGCAGGUAGAUGUCAGGUGUUUCCAAGAAAUAACAAAGGGAGACCCUCUUGAUGAUUCCUUCUUGAUAUUAUCUCACUCACUGCCUUUUUAAAAAAUCCCUUUACAUGCAGCUAUGACAUUUUGUUUGAAUGAUUGUGCUGUAUAGGAAAUACUUUGAAACCAGCAUCACAUAUCAUGCCUGGUCACAUAUAUA